GCCAUUUCCCUGCGUUGCACAUCUCUUUUCUUCCCUAUCUCCUGUUGAGCACCCGUGAAGGAGCUCAAUGGCAGCACCACCUAGUGCAAGCGCUGGAGCGUCAGCCGAGGCGCUUCGCACAUUCUCGUUCUUCGACCUCGAGCGCGUCAGCGACGUUCAUGACCUCGCUAACUCGCCCGAGAUUCUCAGGAAUGCAACAGACAUAUCCACCGUCGUCUCUUCUGCCGCUGGACUUCUCGUAGCUGAUACACAUGGAAGCAUACAUCUGCUCAAACCCGACUUUUCUCCAAUUACGAGCUGGAUCGCGCAUGUGAAUGGGAGAGUAACGCACAUGGUGGAGCGGGACGGGAUUCUGAUUACCGUUGGGGAUGAGGAUGGUGUCCGUGCCUCAUUGCUCAAAGUAUGGGAGCUCGCUAAGAUAGACCAACGUACUGGCGCGCCGAAUCUGCUACGGUCCACGAAGGUGCAACCAGGGAACAGACCCCAUCCAGUCUCGUCAAUAGCCCUAUCUUCCUCCAUGUCCUACCUCGCGCUCGGCUUCGGUGACGGCACCGUGCUCCUCUACCGACACCUCGACCAAUCCCUCUUCUCAUCGUCGUCCUCUCUCUCCGCUCUUCCGAAACCGCGAACGAUCCAUGAAUCCCCAACCGACCCCAUCACCGGUCUCGGCUUCCGCGAGCCUGACCCCAUACACGACACAGCAGCGACCGUGAACGGAAGCGGUGCCGUGGGCACAGGCACGGGCGCGAGCCCAAACCUACACCUCUUCAUUGUCACGACCGGCGGCGUGUGGGCAUGUCAUGUCUCGGGGCGGGGGUCAGGCGGCGCGAGUGCAAUUGUGGAUGAGGUGGGAUGUGGACUUGGGUGCGCGACGAUGGACUGGUAUAGGCGGAACGUGGUGAUAGCUAGGGACGAAUCGAUAUAUUCGUGUGGCAUUCAGGGGAGGGAGAACUCGUACGCGUAUGAAGGUCAGAAGACACUCAUCACCCCACACCUCAACUACAUCAUUGUCGUCACUCCGCCUUCGCCUCCACCACGGGGCCUCAGCGCAAGACAAGACAACAUCAGCGAGAGCACGCGCGUAACCGUUGUUGACCUGGAGAACAAAAUCGCUGCGUACUCGGGCACUUUCAGCGAGGGUGUCCGAGAGGUAUUCUCGGCGUGGGGACACAUUUACGUCCUCGCCAAUGAUGGCCAGCUGUCGAGCCUGAAGGAAAAGCCGACGACGGAAAAGCUCUCCAUGCUGUAUCAGCGGUCCCUCUACCCUCUUGCGCUCGACGUGGCACGUACCCAACGCCUCGAUGCGUCACAUGUCGCGGACAUCCACCGGCAGUACGGCGACUAUCUGUACUUGAAGGGCGACUUCGACGGCGCGAUGCACGAGUUCGUUCAGACCAUCGGACAGCUGCAGCCGAGCUACGUAAUUCGGAAGUUCUUAGACGCCCAGCGGAUACACAACCUCACGACGUACCUCCAAGAGCUGCACACGCUCGGUCUCGCGAAUGCGGAUCACACCACGCUGCUGCUGAACACGUACACGAAGCUCAAAGAUGCGUCACGGCUCGACGCGUUCAUCAAGAGCGAGGUUAGGCGCAGCUCCGCCAAGGAGGGCGGUGGCGGCGGGGGGAGGGGAGACGGCGAGGAAGAGCUGCCGUUCGACCUUGAUACUGUUAUUCGCGUGUGUCGCCAGGCGGGGUACUACGAGCACGCGGCUUAUCUCGCGCGGAAGUACGAGAGGCACGAGGACUAUUUGCGGGUGCAGAUUGAGGACGCGGGGAACUUUGGAGAGGCGCUGGUGUAUCUCAGGCGGCUUGGUGCUGAAGCGGCCGAGAGCAAUCUCGCGCGGUACGGGCGCGCGAUGCUCAACAGUCUGCCUGAAGAGACAACACAGCUCCUCAUUGACCUGUGCACGGUCUCUGGUCCUCUUGUUCCUGCCGAGGAAGACGAGAAGACCUCAGGGCCUACAAGGCAACAGACAACAGGCGCUUCCUAUCUAGCGUACCUGGCGCUCAAGGGUCCCGCAGCGGCCCCCGCAACGACCGUCGGCGACGACACCGCCGUCCCGCCCUCGCCUUCCGCCAAAACCGUGCAGGCUAAACUCAGCGACUCGCCAACGCAGACAGCAGAACCAUCAAGGACAUCGACUCCCGUCCCAGGCGGCAACGCACCCGCCCCCGCUGCACCUGCCCCGCCCCCGCCGCGCGCCAAACGGCCGUCGCCGUGCCUCUACUUUGCGCACUUCGUCGACCACACGGCGUACUUUAUCACCUUCCUGGAGACCGUCGCGCACCGGCGCUGGGGCCAGAGCGUCGACGCGCCCUCCAUAUCAGCGACAGCGACCGUGUCCCCGUCGACGUCGACGAUGGUGAUGGCCGACGCGGACGGCACGGCGGCGGCGGCGGACGAGGAUGUCGAGCGACGCGACCAGGUGGCGGUGUGGAACACGCUUCUGGAGCUGUACCUCGACAUCCCGGCGGCGCUUGCGGAUUCUGGCGGCGGCGGCGGCGGCGCCGAUACGGACGCGCAGGGCGGGGCAGGGGCGAGGGAGAAGGCGCUCAGGGUGCUGCAGAGCGCGAGUCUGCCGUAUGAUCCUACGCAUGCGCUGAUUCUGUGCACGAGCGCGCGGUUCACGCCGGGGCUCGUGUUGCUCUGGGAGCGCGCGGGCAUGCACGAGGAUGUGCUGCGUUUCUGGAUCGACCGGCAUAAUGCGGGCGGGGACGAUGCAAAUGGACAUGCGUCGGCGGAGGUGGUGCGUGCGCUGGAGGCGUACGGCGCCGAGCGCCCGGGGCUGUAUGCGCUUGUGCUGAGGUUUUUGACGAGCAGCGCGGAGCUGCUGACGCGGCAUAAGGCGGAUGUGGAGCGGAUCUUGGAGCAUAUUGAGAGGGAGAGGAUUAUGCCGCCGCUGGGCGUCGUGCAGGUGUUGAGCCGGAACGGAGUUGCGAGCGUGGGGCUCGUGAAGGAGUGGCUGCUCAGGCGGAUCAAGCAGAGUAGGGAGGAGAUCAACACCGACCAGCAGCUGAUCAACUCGUACCGCCUCGAGACGAAGACGAAGCAGCGCCAGGUCGAGGAGCUGUCGGACCCGGAGCACCCCAAGGUGUUCCACGUCACCAAGUGCUCGUCGUGCAACGGCCAGCUUGACCUCCCGAGUAUACACUUUAUGUGCAACCACAGCUACCAUCAGCGAUGUCUCUUUGGGCACGACAACGAAUGCCCGACGUGCGCGAAGCAGCACGAGGUCGUGCAGGAGAUCCGCCGGAACAACGAGCGGCUCGCGGACCAGCACGAGCUGUUCCUCUCCGAGGUACGCGAGAACGGGUUCCAGGCUGUCGCGGCGGGAUAUGGGCGGGGGCUGUUGAACUUAACGCGGUUGGAUGAUGUGAGUACUAUGUAGACGUGGGUGGUAGAGAUACCCUUGCAUUUGUUGUCGUAGCCUCUGUCACUAGGUUGUUUCUGAAAUUCGUAGCGCUCCAGUGCUCGGCCUCGGUAGUUCGCUUGUCAUGAAGCUAAUGGCGACGCUCAAGUUUUACGAAAGAUGUCGGAAUCACAUUCAUACACACAAGUACUGUAUAAUUUCGGGAAUUUACAAAGCUUC